UGUAUAUACGAUACAUGCGUGUAAUUUAUCCAGCGAUUUUUAUGGAAAAUGAAGAAAAACGACGAGACCGCCAGCCGUGCCCGGAGGCUCGUACAGAUAGUGCGCCGAUCGUUGAAAAAUGUGACGAUAAAAAUAAAAAGGGGGAGCGCGCAGGUGAAAACGUUGCGGCGACGGCAGCGGCUUCGGUUUCGGCGAGUGUGCGACGGGCGCGCAACAGUGUUCAAAAGCUCUGCGCGCCGACCACAACCCGCAGCGUUGUACGCGCCCGGUCGAGUUGCCCGUUUAAUUUUUCCGCCGUUGGAGAACUUUCGUUUUCGGUAUUUUUCGCCUCGUUUUCCCCCGUUCUGAAAACUUUCGCCAAUCUCCGUCGAUACACCGCAAACUGUGCUCUCGUCCGUACACUCGAGUCGUCGCCGUUGCUCGUUCGCCACCGAAAUUUUAUAUUGUUUCUCACCUCCUCGAACACCCGCGGUCGACUUCUUACACUACGUGUCAUUUUUUUUUUUUUUGUAUCCUCGCGCAUCAGAAUAGAUCGUCGAGUACGUAGUGGUCAGCCGCCACCACGCCAUGGUCUUGUUUUGAAUCAUAUCCAAUCAACAGAAUAACAUAGUAGAAAAAAAAUCUUUGAUUGUCUUACAAACAACAGCGUUCGGCCGAAAAUAAUACAUAAACCGAUUGCCACUGUUUCACCGAAAACCACGGAACCCGUGAUGACAGCUGCCCAACAACAAGGCCUGGACACGACGAUCGCCAUGUCAUCAGAAGAACACGAAGACCACGAGCCGUCUAGUUCGAGAGAUUUGUCAUGCAUUCAAGAUUCUUUACCAGGAAUAGCACACAGAGUUUUCAGAAAGACUGCCCAGAACAACAAGCUGUGUUUAUAUUUAGGCAACAGAGAUGUAGUGGUGUCCAACAGUUCGUCCACAAAAAUACACGGGAUCGUAUUAGUGGAACCAGAUCUAUUGAGGGACACAAAGAAAAAGGUGUUCGGGCAAAUAACAUUAACUUUCCGGUAUGGAAGAGAAGACGAGGAAGUAAUGGGAUUGAAAUUCUGUAACGAAGCAAUCAUGUGUUUAGCGCAAAUUUAUCCACCUCACGAAAAUGCACAACGCGAACAAAAUACACCGUUACAGGAAAUGUUAAUACAAAGACUGGGAGGCAAUGCUCAUGCGUUUUCAAUGGAAAUAACUCAUUUAGCUCCACCUAGCGUUCAAUUAGUUCCUGCCAAAGAAUACAACGGCGCUCCAAUAGGAACUAGUUACGAUAUACGAGUAUAUAUAGCCGAAAGGGCAGACGAGAAGCUACAGAGAAAAAAUAUUGUAAAAAUGGGUAUCAAAGUAGUGCAAAUGGCUUCAGCGCCACCACCGCCCACACCAACACCCAGAUCAGAGCAGCCAAAAGGAUGGCGUCAAAGAGGACCACAAGCUACUUCAGAGAAACCAUUUUUACUUAGCGAUGGUAAAGUUACCUUAGAGGCAAACCUAGACAAAGCUAUUUAUACACACGGUGAUCCAAUUCACGUUAACAUCAGUGUGAAGAACACAAGUAAAAAAGCUGUCAGACGAAUAAAGGUGUUCAUCGUACAGCACGUCGACGUAUGCAUGUUCAGCAACGGUAAAUUUAAGAACACAGUGGCAUCAGAUGAAUGUGCCGACGUACCAAUACCCGGCAAUGGUGGUUCACUCGAAAAGGAAUACCUGCUGCACCCUAUCAAGGCGAGAACCAAAAACUGGAUCGCACUAGAGGACUCACUGGGGUCUGCCGUGAACAAGUCAGACGGCACGUUGUCCAGCACUGUGGUAUGCGUGUCGCCAGAAGACAGAAACGUGUUCGCAAUUUAUGUCACAUAUUACGUAAAAGUCAAGCUUUUAAUAGGCGCCAUGGGCGGUCAGAUGUCACUCAAAUUACCAUUUACUUUGAUGCACACGCCUUCAAACACUUAUCCAGCAGAAUGCAAGGAUGCUUCGUGUACGUCGUUGGGACCCUGUCUAAUGGUGGACAGUAAAGAAGCAGCCAUGACAUCAGAGGAACAGUGUACCAAUAACUUAGCACUCUGAGGAUUAAUCGAAUCGGCCGAUAAUCGAGAUAUUCGUUCGACACCAACAACAACCACGGCCGAUCAAAAUGCCGAAGAUCAUCAUGAAGACAACCGUUUUAAAUUUAAAAGAAUUUUAUGUUGUUUCAACAACAGAUAGUGUUAGGGGGACCAACUAAAAAAAAGUUUUAUUGUUAUUUUUUAUACUAAAUAAAAUAGAUUGUAUAUAGGUAAUAGGUACCUCUAUUCGAUUAAUCAAAAACUAUGAUUGUAUAAUAGUUAAAAAUGUAAUUAGCAAAUAAUAUAAAACUUAUCAAAUUCAAUAUUAGCCCAAAAUAAUUUACAGUUUUUAGGAUAUUAUGUUUUCUUCAUUAUAAUGUCUGAGGUUGUUAAUUUGAAUAAUAAAAUCUCUUAAAACUAAAGAAAAUUUUACCACAACCAGGCUGAUUUCUUGCAGGGUAGAGCAUUUUUACGAUUUAAAACUGUACAGUAUUAUUCUAGAAAAGUCGUAUUCUAAAAUCCAAUGGAGCUCAAUAAUCUACUUAAUGCUUCUAUUAAAAAGUUGUGUUCAACAUAUACAAAUAAGCACAGCCUAAAAUAACCAAUUCAAAAUGGAAAACACUAAAUACACUUUUAAGCUUAUAAUAAUUUCAGUUUGAUUGUAUACAUUAAUUGAGUUUCACUUAUGUAGAUUGAUGUUUUGUUUGCAAAUUAAAUCAAAUACAUUACUUGUGUUCAUAAAAAAAGUUCAUUCUAUAAGAAGUUAUGAGUUGAUUAUUGAAUAAUAACAUAAUAUAAUAAGAAAAAUGUCAUUGACUAUAUUAUACCAUUUUUCUACAAAAAAAUUUAAAUAGGUACAGAUAAUAUGAGAUAUUAACACAACAAUAAUUACCACCAAUUUAUAUAAAUUAAGAAUUCAGAAAAUUAAAAUUUAGAAAAUUGUUUAAAUAAAUAUAUAUUUAUCUGUAAUGUCUCUCAAUACCAGAAAAAUUGUAUAUGCUUUAAUAUAAGAUCAUUUAACAGAAAUUAUAAAAACAUGUUAACCAUGAAAGUAUCAUGUAUCAAAGUAAAAACUUUAAACACAAUUGUUAAUAAUAUAAUUCAUAAAAAAUACUAUAUUAUAUUAAUUUGGCUGGAUAAUAUUUUUGAUCUAUUUUUACCACAGUACUAAUUUUAUAAAAAAUUAUCAACAAUUUAACUAAAAGCCAUUUUAUUUAUUUAAAGCCAUAAUUGCAAUUAGGAAAUUAAAAAUUCCAUUCUCCAUCUGUCAAUUAGUUUAAGUACUACUAAACAACAUUAUAUUAAUAUUAUUUUAAUCUAACUAUAAAUAUACCACAUACAUAAAUCACAAUGUAUCGGGUGAUUCACCAAGCAACUCAUUCCCUUUUUUUCUUCAAUAAUGCAGUUAUUCAAAAUCUGAGUUUGAUAAUUUUUAAAUAAAGACCAUAUUUAUUUUCAAAUUCUUUACAUUUUUUUGUACUACUUAUGACGUUGAAAGAAACAAAGGGGUGAGAAUGCUUUGGAAUCAUCAUGUAUAAGAACAGUUAAUCAAAACAAGAUAUACUUUAAAAUACCUAAAUAUUAGGUUAAUAAAUACUCGGCUUAUAAUUAUUUAAGUUUAACUCCUAGAGAUACAUUUAAGUUAUGCCUUUUAAUUACUUUUAAUUAUUUUAAAUACAAAUUUUCAGACUUCAGAACUUUCAAAACAUAUUUUCAAACAAAUAAUCUACUAGGUUUAUGUUAAUACUAUGCUAAGGAACUCAUACAAUCAAAUAAAGCAUUGUGACAUUUUGUGAAGUUUAAUACAUGGCUAAGAAUUUAGUUGAUUAGAAUAUGUAUGGAGACAUUUUGGGGAAAAUUAAAUUUUUUUUUGCCAAAUUAAUUUUAUAUUUUGUUAUGAAAAUGUUGUUACUGCGAUCAUUAAUUAGGGGAGCUAAUCUUGUAUACCUGGAAAUGAUUAUUUAACAUUUUGAGGAAUACAUUAUAUAUUUCUCUUCAUAAAUUGUUUAUAAUGUAGCUAAUAUGAAACAUUUUAUUGUCAAAUUAUUUAGUGAUUGUAAUUAUAGCUGUAAGUAUUCAAUAAAAAUGAAUUAUAAUUUCAACAGUAAAAUGAUUGAUAUAAUAACUAAUACAAGUAUAACCUUAAAGGUAUUAAAUGAGAAUUUAAUUAAAAUUUAGAUUUACAACCUCAAAAUGAUUUCAACAUUAAUUAUUAGGUAAAUUGUUACCAAACUGUAAAUAAAUUGAACUGGCGAUGCUUAAUCAUUGUUGAAAUUAGAUGUGUUGUAAUUAUUGUAAAGCCUAAGAUUGUCAGGUUUAAAAGUUAAUAAAUGUUGUGUUAAAAUGUCUAAACAACUAAAUUGUUACUAUGAAAGUAUUUUAGGUUAACUUAUACAUAAGUUUACAAAUACCUAAAUACAUUUUACGAUAGUUUUAUAUAAUCAUCAAGUUUUUUAAAAUGUAUCAAUUUAACUUUUUAAGCCAAUGUACAUAUCAGAAUAUUUUAUAAAUGCUAUGUAAGUACUAAGUGUUUAUUUUUAAUGGCAUAAUCAAAAGGUCAAGUCUCACAUGUUGCGAUUAAAUAUUUAAAAAAUAGUGAGUAGGUAUAAAUUAUUAUAGUGAAAAACUAUAAGGUUUGUACUACAUUGAUAUUUCUUAUAAAAAAAAUUAUUUUUAUCAUAAAAUUCUUUACAGCAAACUUAAUGAAUUAUCUUAAACACAUUUCUUGUUUUUCCAACAAACAAAUAAUUAGUUAUAUUAAUCACAACAUUUAAUAAGAUAAUAACAAAACUAAAAAAUCUUUUGAUUUAAAAAUUAUUUAAUAUUGUUCAAAUGGUACAUGUACUGAAGAGACUAGACCUUUUAAAAUGUAUACAUUAAAUUUGUUUAUAUAUAUUAUAUAAUUGUGUUUAAAUAUAAAAGAUUUUUACACGCACUUAUAAAAUAAUAUUUUGUUCUUUCUUUUGCAAUAUCUUUUAAAUCAUUUAAUCAAGACAUCAUGUUCCUAAUUGUUAGAUUAAUUAUUAAUUAUUAAAAUGUAUAGGUUUUGUAAGAUCCUGAGUAGAUAUUGAUGUAACCAAAACAACUGUAAAAACUGGGUAUGUGAGGUUUGCAUUUUGUAAAUGACUUUGGAUUUGGACAUACCCAAAUCUCACUCUAUGACUUAAGAAAUCAAACCUAAGAAAGGCCCUGAAUUGAAGAAAUAAAAAUUAUACUGUAAUUAAUUAUUUGUUACAGUCUUGAUAACUAUCAAUAUUUUUAAAAACCUCAACAAAACAUAGUUUUUGAAUUUGUUGUCAAGUCUACUAGUAGUCAACUUUCCCACAUUUUUGAUAUUAUCUCCCAAAUUCCUAAAAAAAAGAGAACCUAUUUAAAAAUUGUCGUAUUUCAAUUUUUGGAGAAGUUAAAAUCAAAAAAUCAAAAAUGAGGGAAAGUCAAUUUCAAGUAGACUUGACAACAAAUUCAAAUCUGUUUUUAGAAUUCUUAUCAAUUAGUAUGUUUGGCAAAGAACAGUCUAAAAUACUAUGACGUGCGUGUGUUAGACAAAAACAGAAUUCACGGUAUCAAAUCCUAUUUAGCUACUAAGACAUCACUAAACAAUGACUAUCUACUUCCCGAUAUUAAAAUAAAUUCUUCAUAAGAAACUAUAUAGCAAGAAAUAAAUAAUAUAAUAUCUGAACUAUAAAAAGUUAAAAGUUGAUGUUUUAACUGUCUUGAA